UCCACCUCGGGUGGCGCGGCCCGCAGCGGCGACGUCACCGCCAUGGCCGCCGACGCGGAUCCCGGCGAGGAGCGGCCGCUCCUGGGCCACGAGGAGGAGGAGGCCGCGGCGGCGGCGAUGGGCCCCGUGGCCGCGCUCUACUUCUACUCGCUCAGCCGCGUCAAGCAGACGCUGUCGGCACUCCCUCUGGGCAUGGAACCGGAAUCCGACCUCUAUGGCUUCCCAUGGGAUGUCCUGCUGCUGUUCAGCCUCCUCCUCUUCCUCCUCGGCGCGGUCCACCUCUAUUUCAUCCGCCUACGGAUAAAAAAGAAGUUUUGUUUACUGACGGAGGCACAGCUCGUGGAUACCAUCAGGAGCCAUAUGGAGGACAAAUCCAGGAUGGCCAGCGAUCUCCAAAACCUCCAAGCACAGCUCCAGGAGAAGGACCAGGAAAUCAAGGAUGCGAUUCGUUUGGAUUCGACCUCGGAAGAAAUCGAAGAGCUCCAGAGUGAGCGCGACCGUCUCACCGACGCCAGAGAAAAACUGCAGCAGGAGCUGUCCCAGGUGAAGGCAGACCUGGAAGAGGCGAGAGAGAAAGAGAAGCAGUAUGAGAAGGAGUUUCUGGAGCAGACGCAAAAGGCCCAGGUGAAUGAGGAGAGUACUGCUGUCAUGAAGGCUCAGAUUGCGCAGGCCAAUGGUGCGCUUGAGGAGGCCGAGAGGAAGGCUCAGAGCUUGGAGGAACGCAUUCGCCAAAUCGACGGCGAGAUGAAGGCCCUGAACCAGCGCAAGCAGCAGGUUGAGCAGGAGAAGGUGCAGCUGAUGGAGCAGAUCGCCGAGCUGCAGGAGCAAAUGAGCCUCAUGCAGAGGAGCAUCCGAGACCUCAAUGAAUCGGUGACCAUCAAAGACAGAGAGAUUGAGACUCUGAAGGAAAGCUUCCUGCAACUCAAGGAGCUGGACUCGGACUCUGAGGAUGAGGGGGCCUCUGGGGAAGAGCACGCUAAAGAAAAUAUGACAUCUUCAAAUUGCAAUAACGGUAGAGUGAAAGAAACAAGAAAGGACAAAGUGAAAAAUCUGCUGGAUGCCACCAAGACGGUAGAAGGUCUCAUGAAUGUGGCCAGACUCAACACAAAGUUGAAGAUCGCUGAAGAAGAGAAGAAAAAGACAUGGGAGAAGCUCGCGUACGAGAUGAAGUCACGGAAGGAAGUUGAUGAUCUGGUGAAGGGCCUACAGUCGCAGAGCGAAUCGAUGAACGUCGAGCGGGAGGAGGCGAAGGCCGAACUGCAGCGCACAAAGCAGCAGCUGGAGAUUGCCACGCAGAUGUUUCACGAGAAGGAGAUGGACCUGCAGAGGCGACUGAUGCAGGAGGAGCUUCAGCGUGAGCAGAGGGAGCAGGCCAUCUCUGCUGCAGACGAGAAGAUGAAGAAUGCAUUGGAGGAAGCCAGCCUCUACAGGAAACAAGUUCAGGACAUUAAGGAAGAACUUGAAAAAACAGAGCGCUCAUACAAGACUCAGCUCGCCGCAAAUGAUCACAAAGCGCACAACAACUGGGUGGCGGCGCGGCAAGCUGAGCGGGAGCUGCUGAAUGCCAAGAGGGAGGCGUCAAAUCUCAGGCAGAGGGUGACAGACAUGGAGUUGAGGCUAAACCAGGAGCGCCAGGGGCAGCAACCACGGGGCCCCCCCUCUGCACGCAGGGGCCCUCCAGCUCAGGAGGGAUCUCUGCGCUCCUCGCCCUCCAGCAGCGGGCGCCCUUCCCCUCCGCUGGGAGUCGACGGGGCCCGCAGGCCCGUCUCCUCUUCUUCCAACCAAGGAUUUCAACUUCCGCUUGAAACGUCGCCCACGUCGCAGAGAGCUCCGCGUCCGCCCCAGGAUCUGCCGCCCGCCUUCGGCCCGGCGCCGCCGCUCAUGAGCCCCACGCUGCAUCACCGGCCCCCCAUGCCACAGGGCAUGAGCCUGGCACGAGGCUAUGGGCCGUAUCCGCCGGGCGGGCCCCUGCCGCCCCCGGGACCUCCGUACGGCAGCCCGGCUCCCGACCGCCACCCUGACGGGCCCUACCCUCCCUACGGAGCGGGCGGUCCACUUGGGCCACCCGGGAUGUACGGUCCCCAUCCUGUGGGCCCCUACGGGCCUCCGGAGCGCUAUCCAGGGCCGCCGCAUGCUGCUUGGAGAGGCCCCCCUAUCUACUCGCCCCCAAGGGGCGGUCCUCCCGGCGCCUUUCCCCCCGGCGUCGCCCCUCUCCCAACACGGCCCGAGGCGCUGGCCACCCCCGACGGCGUGAGCCGGGGUGCCCCGGAUCAGGGCGCCCCGGGCAGCAUGCCUCCCUCGAGCGCCGGCCCGGCCACGGCAACGCAGGCCGAGCCGUAAACGCGCCAAAACGCUCACCGCGUCUUUGAAUCCUUUCAGUACUUGCCCCUCGCUCGAUCGCUCUCUUGCUCGCGUCCGCCGUGCAACGAAGCCCAAAGAACUGCCGCGUUGCGUGUCCUCCCAUCGCCAGACCGGGCCCUGGUACCGCGUGACACCGUAUUAAAGUAACGGGCGAAGAGGGUGCACGAUUGGUGUUCCACCACUGUGGGUGCGUGCCCUUCACAGUAACCAAACCGAGAGGACACCACGCAUUUUGAUACUGUUUCCACCAUAAGUAAUGUUUAGAUGUUGCAUAUCCAUCCCCUUGUUGGGAAUUCCGAGGCAAGUGACCAUGCGUGUCCACGGCGUCGCCACUUCGGGCUCCUCCUGCUUUAGUAUCCUGGGCUAUCGCAGACCAUUCACAAGCGACGAAAUAUUUUAGUAAUUUAUGCCUGAAAUGUGAGCAUAGUGAAAUGCUUAUGUACAUAAAUAAUAACAAAAAAAGAAUACAUUUAAAUGGAUGCAUCACAAUAAUUGGACUGCCAAAAAAACCCCCAAAUUUUGCCGAAUCAUGUAUUCUAAUAAAGUAAUUUCUUUGAAAAAAUAGUACAGUGGCUGCUUUAUUUAACACGAUUGUGCUGUGUUUAACAGGCGAUUGAGCUUAACAUCUCAUGUUUAUUCAGAUUUUAAACAACCAUUGAUUGAAAGUGGGUACGUUGUACGGGAACAGAAGAUGAUGUUACUGACACGUCGGUCCCAAGGCUUUUUGGCAGCAUUGCACACCCAAGAUGGGUCUUGGGAUAGAGUGUUGGCAGUGUAAAUGUACCCUGUGAUGUGCCGCUUGGGAUCGUAGUAUGCGCUGGUGUGCACACGGCAGUCCCCGUCACGGACACUGGGUAACGUGCGCCAGGUGGCUUUUUGAAAUGGUCAUUAAUUUAUAUAAUAAAUUAGUUAAAGUUAAUUUGCACAGCUGUAUAUUACCAACCCUUUGUUGUGUCACUGUGCUUUUUAGCCUGCACUCUCAUCUCGCGAGAAGACCGUUCCCAUUGCAAUCUUCAAUCGCACAUCCUGCAUGGCCUGAAAUGUUACCCUUUGCCAGAUUUUUGUAUGUACCACUGCUUUUUCUACAUGAUUGUAAGAGAGUUGCACGAAGGCAAGAUUUUGUGAGGAGUUUUGACGCUAUAAUAGUUUGUGCAGCGCGUAGCGAUCGGUUGAAGUUGCUUUGUAUUGGAGAUUUAGAGAGGGAGCGCGAUGGGUUGUGUCGUUUAUUGAACACGUAACACAUACGAUGAGACAUCUGCGGCAGACAAUUCGGAGAGUGGCACAUCACAACACGGCAUACAGGGAGGAAUCGCUCACGGGAAAAUACUCAACAUCUGGUCACUACACAGUUACUCUCACGAGACACGUGACACUACAACACAGAAUUUGUAAAGUGAUUUUAAAUCUAGCACUUGCGAGUUUAUUGAGCGUCUUCAGUUUAAAAAGAUGGCACCUUCAAAGUUUGUUGGGAAUGUUUUGGCCCCUUGCACAUAUAUAAAUAUAACACUUUCCUAAAAUACAUGUCGGUGCUGCAUGUGUAGCUUUGUCCAAAUGAGUUUAACAUUCACACGACAGAGUUUUUUUUGUAUUGUGUCACCAAUAACAACCACUGGCAUGGCAGUUAUCGUAAUUAACAUCUCCGAUAUUCCCGUUCCGUUUACCCAAUUAUCUGCACAAUAGUCUGAGUCAUCAUCGUGGCCAUGUGUAUGAGUCAUCUGCGUCUCCAAGGUGUGAUGUCAAACACAAAGAGCAAAAAUAACAAUUGAGAUGAAUCGUAAAAUAAAAAGCCGAGCUGCG